AUGGAGAACGUCUCUGUAACUUUCCGCCAUUGUUACAGCUCCUUGUUUCUUCAUCAGUCACAGCGAAGAUAUCAUUAUUCUUCGGCUUGUUUGUCUCUGGGCAUCAAGCAUGCGUCGUUUGAAUCUGUUCCAGUCUCGGUUUCUCUGGCACCGUCAUCUUCAAGCUGGGAACUUUCGUCCCACGGGGGUGUUCAUCCGUUGAAGGAGCUAUAUGGAUGCGAUAAUUUGGUUUCUGUUAAAGCUACUCAUGCUCGGAUGAUAAAGCUGUUCGAUCGAUUCGACUUGGAGUUCAUUGGCAGGUGCUUGAUCUCUCGUUACCUUGAAUUCGGAGAAUUUGGGUAUGCUAGUGCUGUUUUCUUCCUGGGAUUUCCUCGGAAUCAAGUUUCAUGGAGAGAAUUCUUAGAAGAGGUCGAGAGUUUCGGAUUAGAGAAGGGUAUGGUCUUAGAGCAUUUUGUUCAGCUACAGAACAGAGGAGUAAAUUUCGAUGGAAUCGUUCUCGCAAUGGUUUUGAGAAUCUGUACUGUUCUGAAUCUUCUGAUGACUCCGUUGCUGGGUUUCACUAUCCAUGGCGGUUUGAUAAAGAGAGGGCUUGAUGAUUCUGACACUCGUUUGGUUUCUGCAUUGAUGAGUUUCUAUGGAAGAUGUGUGAGUUCGGAUAUCGCGAACAAGAUAUUCGAUGAAAUGCCUAAAAGAGAUGAUCUCGCGUGGAACGAGAUCACGAUGGUGAAUUUGCGGAGUGGGAAAUGGGAAAAGGCUGUGAAACUGUUCAGAGAGAUGCAGUUUUCUGCUGCAAAAGCUUAUGAUGGAACAAUGGUUAAGCUUUUACAAGUUUGUAGCAACAAAGAAGGUUUAGCAGAAGGGAGAAAGAUUCAUGGGUACGUUCUGAGACUUGGGUUUGAAUCAAACGUGUCAAUGUGUAAUUCCUUGAUUAUCAUGUACUCAAGGAAUGGUAAGCUUGAAACCUCCAGGAAAGUUUUCGAUUCGAUGAAAGAACGAGACAUGUCUUCGUGGAACUCGAUUAUAUCGAGUUAUACUGCAUUUGGUUGUGUAGAAGAUGCUAUGGCUCUCGUCGAGAAGAUGGAGAGAUGUGGUGUGAAACCAGAUAUAGUGACAUGGAACUCUCUUUUGUCAGGCCACGCUUUUAAGGGGUUGUACAAAGGUACCAUUGAGAUAUUGAAGAGAAUGCAAAUUGCUGGUUUGAAGCCAAAUGCGAGCUCCAUAAGUAGUCUUCUUCAAGCUGCUGCUGAACCAGGACUUCUUAAAGUUGGAAAAGCAAUCCACGGAUAUGUCAUAAGAAAUCAGCUUUGGUACGAUGUGUUCGUAGAAACCACAUUGAUCGACAUGUAUGUUAAAACUGGCUGCUUGCCUUACGCUGGGAUGGUUUUUGAUAUGAUGAAUGAGAAGAAGAACAUUGUUGCUUGGAAUUCACUCAUCUCUGGACUUUCGUACGCGGGUUUGCUAAAGGAUGCUGAAGCUUUGAUGAGUAGAAUGGAGAAAGAAGGGAUCAAACCUGAUGCUGUUACAUGGAACAGUAUGGUUUCUGGAUAUGCUACUUGGGGGAAAACAGAGAAAGCUUUGGCUGUGGUUGAGAAGAUGAAAAGGAACGGGGUGGAGCCUAAUGUGGUCUCAUGGACUGCUAUCUUGUCGGGAUGUUCGAAAACUGGAAACUUUAGGAAUGCUCUCAAAGUCUUUAUUCAAAUGCAGGAAGAAGAUGUCUCUCCAAACUCAGCUACAAUUUCAAGCUUGCUUAGCAUAUUAGGUUGCUUGAGUCUACUACACAGUGGCAAAGAGGCUCACAGCUUCUGUUUGAGGAACAAUUUAAUCCGUGACGCUUAUGUUGCAACUGCAUUAGUAGACAUGUACACAAAAUCAGGGGAUCUGAGAAGCGCGUCUGAGGUUUUCCGGGGAAUUGAGAACAAAACGGUAGCUUCUUGGAACUGUAUGAUCAUGGGUUACGCCAUGUUCGGGCAAGGAGAAGAAGGGAUUGCGGUUUUCGAUAGGAUGCUUGAAGCAGGCGUGGAGCCGGAUGCUAUAACGUUUACCUCCGUCUUGUCUGUUUGCAAGAGCUCAGGUCUCGUCAGUGAAGGGUGGAGAUACUUUGAUCUUAUGAGGUCUCGUUAUGGUGUAACUCCGAGUAUCGAACACUGCUCUUGCAUGGUGGAUUUGCUCGGGAGGUCAGGUUAUCUUGAUGAAGCGUUAGACUUCAUUCAAACGAUGCCGUUUAAACCCGACGCAACUACUUGGGGUGCGUUUCUUUCAUCUUGUAAGAUCCACAGAGACAUAGAGCUCGCGGAAGUCGCUUGGAAGAAGCUUCAAGUGCUGGAACCAAACAAUUCAGCUAACUACAUGACGAUGAUCAACUUGUACAGUAACUUGAACAGAUGGGAAGAUGUUGAACGCGUAAAGGACUUGAUGAAGGAUCAAAUGGUGAGAGUCCAGGAUCUCUGGAGUUGGAUUCAGAUAGAUCACAAGGUUCACGUCUUCUACGCAGAAGGAAAAGCACAUCCUGAUGAAGGAGAGAUCUACUUUGAGCUGUACAAGUUAGUCUCUGAGAUGAAGAAAUCAGGUUAUGUGCCAGAGACGAGAUGUAUACACAGAAACGUAAGUGAGACAGAGAAAGAGAAGCUGCUUAUGGGACAUACAGAGAAGUUAGCAAUAACAUAUGGUCUCAUCAAGAAGAAAGGCUUAGCUCCUAUAAGAGUGGUCAAGAACACAAGUAUAUGUUCCGAUUGUCACACCGUGGCUAAACACAUAUCGGCUUUGAGAAACCGCGAGAUUGUUUUACACGAAGGGUUUCGAAUUCAUCAUUUUAAAGACGGAAAAUGUUCCUGCAAUGACUCUUGGUGA